AGCAUCUCUCUGCAAUGGCCUCAGGGAACGACGGUGACCCACCGAGGGCCUACAGACGCCGGGGAAGCAAUGGGCGCAGGCUGUCACAAGAGCUCAACUCAGAAGACCAGGUGGUGAAGGAGACGGAGGAGGUGUUUCGGAGCUAUGCCUUCUACCGCUACGAACAGGAGAGAGCGGAGAGACGGGAGGAAGUGCCCAUGGACCCAGAGAUCGAGGAGAUCCAGCAGGAGCUGGACAGCACCGGGAGCCGGGUGGGAAGGCGCCUGGCCAUCAUCGGUGACGACAUCAACGAGCGGUACGACGCAGAGUUUCGCGGCAUGCUGAAAUCCUUGCAGCCCACCAAGGAGAACGCCUAUAAGCACUUCACCAGAAUAGCCUCCCGCUUGUUUGAGAGCGGCAUUAACUGGGGCCGGGUGAUCGCGCUGCUGAGCUUCGGCUACCGCAUGGCCAUCCACGUCUACCAGCACGGCGUGCCGGGUUUCUUCUGCCGGAUCACCCGCUAUGUCAUGGAGUUCAUGCUCCGGAACCACAUCGCCCAGUGGAUCGCCCAGCAGGGAGGAUGGGUGGCUGUACUCGAUCUGGACAAUGUUUACAUGAAGUACAUGCUGGUGGUGGUGGCCCUGGUCAUGGUGGGGCAUUUAGUGGUACGACGCUUCUUCAGGCCCUGA